UGGAACUACAUUUCCCAGAAUUGCGUCAGUUCGCGCUAAUCAAAAGCACAAGCUGCCGGACCUCGCUUGCUAAGUUAACCAACCAUAAAUCUUUAGCAUCUCUCCACACUCCCCCGCUGCCUGUAUCAACUAAUCCUUCUAAUUCAUAAAAAAAACGAACAAACAAAAAAACAAACAGCAGAAUGCCCAAAUCAAAGGAAGUGGUGACGUCCACAUCUGGCAGUGACUCUGACAGUGAGGUGGAGAAGACCAAGGCCAAGAGAAAGAAGCCCAGUGCUCCACCAGAGAAGCCAGGGGCCAAGAAACCGAAGCUGAGUGGCGAGGGCUCUAGACCUGGCGCAGGAGGGUCCUCUAAGGCUGCAGACAGCAAAACGGAGGAUGGCAUGUUUCAGAUUGGGAGAAUGCGAUACGUCAGUGUCAGAGAAUUUAAAGGGAAGUGUUUAGUUGACAUCAGAGAGUACUGGAUGAAUCAGGACGGCGAAAUGAAGCCCGGCAAAAAAAGGCAUCUCCUUAAACCCGGAGCAGUGGACCCAGCUGAAGGACCAGAUGUCAGAGAUCGACGACGCGAUCAAGAGAACAUGAUGACCGUGGUGCUGACAGUCCAGCUUGUCUAUCUAAUGAUCUUAGAUGUUGCCACUGACGUUUAGGAUGAGUCCCACAUGGAACCCUAUUCCCUGUAUAGUGCACUACUUUAGACCAAGGCCCUAUAGGGAAUAGGGUGCACCACUUUAGACCAAGACCCUAUAGGGAAUAGGGUGCACUACUUUAGACCAAGGCCCUAUAGGGAAUAGGGUGCACUACUUUAGACCAAGACCCUAUAGGGAAUAGGGUGCACCACUUUAGACCAAGGCCCUAUAGGGAAUAGGGUGCACUACUUUAGACCAAGGCCCUAUAGGGAAUAGGGUGCACUACUUUAGACCAAGACCCUAUAGGGAAUAGGGUGCACUACUUUAGACCAAGGCCCUAUAGGGAAUAGGGUGCACUACUUUAGACCAAGGCCCUAUAGGGAAUAGGGUGCACUACUUUAGACCAAGGCCCUAUAGGGAAUAGGGUGCACUACUUUAGACCAAGGCCCUAUAGGGAAUAGGGUGCCAUUUGGACUUUCCCAAACCCUUUUUUUCCCUGCCAAAUAAAUGUGUAAGGACUGAAUUAUUUUAUAAAUCUAAAUUUGCUGUUCUGUUGAAUGAGUUAUUUUGCAUGUGCUGUUUUAGUUUGCUUUGUGUUUUGAACUAUGAAGAAAUGUGUUGUGAUUGGUAUUUGGUUGAUAUGAAGACUUUGAAUAAAUUACCUUUUUUUUUGUAUGAAAAUAAUUUAAAA